CAGCAACUAACCAUUGCACUUCAUAGUAAAUGCAAUAAAUAUUCACAGAGACCAUAAAAUGGUUUCACUUCUUUAAGCUAUUUUGGCUGAGUAGAGAAUUAAGGGCAUUUGGCAAAGAAAAGGGCUGCACAGUGCAAAACGAACCAAAAAAAUAAACAAAAACAAAAACAUUAAACGCCACAAAAAUGACACAAACAGUGACAGGCUCGGGUGGUGGAUUUAAAGUCACAGACAGUCCAGGAAGAUAUCCUGUAUAAAUGUAUGGAGAUCCCAUGAUGCACUGGGCGGCAUUCUAUCAGGGUUCCCAAAUGCGCAGGCUGUAAGCUAGAUACAUUGUUGCAGCUGCGUGGGUUCAGGUGGUCCCGGCCGUGGAAGUGACGUGCGUGGGGCUGUCUGGCGGAUAUUUCUCGGGCCCUGCUAAUUCCUGCUGCAAGACAGUGGGCAGUGUGCACAGCGCUGAUCGCCCCCAGCAUGGAGGAAGACAAGAGGUAGGUGGCCACUUACUGUCACUGUCACCCGUGGGACCUCUCACGCAGAGUGCAGCACUCAGACUAAUACAUAUCAGUGACUUCCAGGGCAAUCCGGUACCUUAAUAUGGAGGGAGGGGGAUUCUUAUUAGCAUUCAGUACUGUAUACAGAAUCAUGGCUAGUGUCAUCACAAUAUAAUGUGACUUAGAGUUCAAAGAUUAUCCUGUAUUUCCCUGCACAUUAAUACUUUAUUAAUCCUGAUGGGUAGAAUAUGAAAUAUGAUCCCCUGCAGCAUGGGAGAGUCCUGUGCUGUCCUUGAAAUAUCAGAUAAUUAAGGCAUUUUUUUUUAGGGGAUUCCUAGAUUUAAUUGUUAUGAAUCCAAAUGACACCUUAAUUCUUAUUCCAUGCACUGUCCUACAUGUUUUAUUUUUUUUUUUUUUUUUAAGUUUGUAUCUAUGAGAGUGGUCCUUAACUAAUUUUUAAUUAAAAAAAAAAAAUGUUAACACUCCUUUUGGAAUUUGCCAAGUGACCCAUUUUUGUAUACUAUAUAAAUAAUUUACAUUCAGUACCCUUGACUUUAUCUGUUGCCAGAAGGCGUUUGCAGGGACGCUACCUUAAACAAUUUAUGGCUGGUAGCAAGGUUCUAGUUUUUGUAUUUCCAAAUGUAUUUUUUAUUUGAAUGCUAUUUUCAAAUUGCAACAUGGUUUUUAGUUGGCUUCAGAAAUUGUAUUUGUUGGUGAAUGUUUGAUUCUUUUAAUUUCACUGCCAAUUUCUGUUUAGUUUCUGUGUGUGUAUGUGUAUAUAUAUAUAUAUAUAUUUUUUUUUAGUUUCAUUUUCAGUUAUUCAAAAGGUGUGUACUUCACUGCCACAUACUUGAUAUGCAUAAGUUUUGUUGAGUUUUUUUUUUUUGUUUGUUUUGUUUUUUUUUUUUAUAAAAAUAUUUUUUAUUUAAUUUAAACUGCACUUUUAUUUCACAUUUAGUAAGUUAUAGUUUAGGUCAGGAGUAAAAAGAGCUUUCUAAAAGUCCUCUACGUUAAAAUAUGCUGGACCUUUCUAUGUAAUACAGCCAAAUCCUGCUAGAUGACCUCUUAAAUAUAUUUUAAAGCAUUCUGUAGUAGUCAUGGUGCCAGGAGUAUCCUGGUACCACCCACUUAUAUAAGUAGUCAAACAGUUUAGUAACCCUUACCCGGUCUCUGCUGCUUGUAGCAGGAAUCACUCUUUACUAAGCUUCAUUGAUGUUCUGCGCAAAUGGGCUGUUCCUGCACUGCUGGGCUUAAACUUAGAUGAGCUAACUGUAGAUCCUCAGAGGAGCUUCCGGCUCCAAAAAGGCAUGGAGCGUGGCGUUGGGGGUAACCCCAGGUAUGGAGUCAAAUGGUCUUGCUACUUACAAUUGGAAGGGGUACCAGGACACUUCUGGCACUAUAACUACAGCGCAUGCUGGACUGCUGUUCACCUUGUACUACUCUAAUUUCAGCUGCUGUGCCCCUUACAUUGCACCCCAUAGCUUGAACUUUAAAAUUUCUGUGUACAUAAAUUUUGUUUCAAUUUUACAGGCAUAUUAUUUCGCCAAACAGUGAUGACAGUGGUUGCCCUCCAAUAAAUCUGAGGCCACGGCAUCAACCUCUCAUCUCUACACCUUUUGGACCUGUGAGUAUCUGUUAGCCACUUAUACCUCUGAAAGUUAAAUGGCAAAUUUAUUUGGAAACAUGGUAAUGUCCUUUAAAAAUGGCAUUUAGUCACAGUCUGAUAAUUAUUGUCUCCCAAUAAGUCUUUGACCGCGUUAAUGUAAUUGUAAUUUCGACCUGCGUUAAUGUAAUUGUAAUUUCUACCCGAUUAAAAGGCUUAUUGGGAGCUAAUAAACGUUAUCGUCUUGAUUGUAAUCGAGGCCCUAGACAGGAGCAAACUGUCCGCAACACUCCGCUAAAUUUUCCCCAAUAUUUAGAGAGCUAUUCUCCCUAAAAAAAAAAAAAAAAGAAAAGCUCAAACGACUAUUGUGAGAUUUUACCAUUUUCAUCAGCUGGUUAAUAGAAUAUUGCUAUUGCCAAACUGCCAUUCGUGUUUAUUGAUAUCAGAAUGUGUGAAAGGCAGAACGCGAAUCAAGACUGCAACGCUUGAGCUUAAAUAGGUUUUACAGCAAGAACACUUCCUUAGUGAACACCAUAACUGUCUCGCUACGUCCACAUCUUCCACCUGACUUGUCCUUCGCAUUGGCCUCUACAUAGAUGUUUAUGGUCUGGCAUUACCCAGGUAGAAAACAUAUCCCUAAAGGCGAUUCUGUUAAACGAUCCCACAGUGUUGUAAAAGACACAGUAACAUCCAUCCGUUCAUUUCUGGAAUGAAAUAGAACUCACAACUGAUCUGUUUGUGUAACUUUUCCAUCUGAGGAAAUGAGAGAGUGUUGCGUAAUAUCCCUUACUGUAAUAAUUCCUAUUACAGCAAUGUGAUAUACUGGUAAAUAGUUUAGGAUUUCCUUGUGGUAGGAUGUCUAGGGCUGCCACAUCUCGCACACAAAGCAAAUUUCUAUAUAGUUGAGUGAUUUCUAUACAGUUGAGUGAUUUGUACUUGCCCGAUUCCAGCAUCGAUGUCCCUCGCUGCAAUGCUUUCCUAUGGGGGUUUGACUGGCACUGUAUGUUCUCAUGCAAUGCGUGAGGACGUCCAGCGUCAGGUAGUCGACCAAAAGUUGCCUAACCACCACUAGACGCGGUCUUAACCCUGCAAGGUAACUAUUGCAGUUUCUCAAAAAUUGCAAUAAUUACCAUUCCAGGGUUAAUGGAACAGUGUCACUGCACCCAGACCACUUCAAUGAGAUGAAGUGAUCUGGGUGCCUAUACUGUCCCUUUUUAAUCUCAGUAUUCUAAAUUGAGAUUUUUAAAGGAACAUUCCAAGCAUCAUAACCUCUGCAGCAUGCUUGGUGCCCUUCUAAAGUAAGUAGUAAAACUUAAUAGAAUAUAUAUACAGAGAGGUGUGAAAUGAGUGGCGCUAUAUAGUAUGUGAUUUCAAUUAGUGAAUAUUAGCUGCUAUAUACACUCUGUGGGUACUCCUCACAACCCACCAUACAUAAACACCAAAAAAACAGAAAAAACGUAGGACCUUUCUGGUGUUUCCACCUUCAGGGUCCUUAGAAUUUUAAAGAGUGCAGCGCUAUAUAAUAAUGUGAGGUGAUAUUGUGUUUUAUAAAAACACACUUACCCUCUACAAUAAUCUCAAGAAAUGAUGUAUAUAUAAAACAAGAAGAGAAAAUAUAUACAGAUAAUAGUGCAGUAUAUUAAAAAAUUGGAAGACUUGCAUGUAAGUGACAGAUAUGUCUAAACUCACAUUUUCUAGAGCCGUUUCUAGUUUUUAGGCUCUAAACUUCUGAGCGUCUUGUGUCUUUUUAGGUAGACUACACGACCUCUUUCUCCAGGCAAUGGUAUAUUCCUCUCCACAGCAUAUAUGGAAGACACAAAUGUAUCAAACUAAGUGUAGUAUCUCCAAUAAUAGAUGUAUUUUAGAGAAUAUAAAAUUCAAAGUGCUCACCUUUUUUAGAGCCUUUUGAUAACUGGCUCUAAGUAUACCAGCUUGGUGUCAAUUUUGGGGUGACACUGCCCGCUUCCCUGGAAUUAUUUUCAGGAUCCAAUGGGAUGAUGUAAAAAAAGGAAUAUUUAUUAUAAUAAAAAUGUGUAUAUAUAAGAAUUAACUUUAUAAAAUCACAUGUAUAUAAAAUAACAAAAUAAUUAGAACAGAAUAAUAGAAUAUGGGUGGUACAAAAAAUAAUAAGUCCACGCUAAGCUAAAACGCAUUUUGCCAUUCUCAACGGCUUCCUCAGUCAGCUUUCAUGAGUCUUUCACUGUUCCUGUGUUUAAAAGGCUUCCAUUCCCGCCGAAAUUCUCGUGGUCCAAUGACUUCCGUGACGCGAUUUCAUUGCCGUCGCGUCACUUCCGGUUUUUCGUAACUACAAGGUCCAUAGUGCUUUGUGCGCAACUUCCGGUCCGCGUCAUAGGGGAACCCGAUCAACGGGAAUCCCUAUUGCACAGGUCACAUUCGAGCCUUAUCGGCUCGUGUCAACAUAGAAUGCACAAAAGGAAAAGAAUUAUAAAAACAUUGAGGCAAUAUGUUUGAUGUCUUUUUCGAUACAUAGUGUUAUACAUAUAUAAGUAUAAAAAAGUUUUUUAUAUAUAUUGUUUUCCAGUUAAUCUUUAUUAUCAUAUAAGUAAACUACAAAAAAAAUUGAUUAUGCAAGUAUAAAUUUAAUGUUGGGAUGUAUCCAUAAAAUGCAAAACAGAAGGAAAAUCUUAAUUAAAAGAUUAUGAAAAAGUAAAGUAGUGUAUAUUAAAAUGAUAAUUUAAAACAUAAAAAAAAAAAAAAAAAAAUAUAUAAAUAAAUAUAAAUUUUAUAUAUAUAUAUAUAUAUAUAUAUAUAUAUAUAUAUAUAUAUAUAUGAAGUAAUGAAGAAUAAAAAUAAAAAUAGAAAUAUAAAUGGAAAAUAAAAAUGAAAAUAAAAUAAAAAUAAUAAAAAUAAGAAUAAAAUGGAAAUAAUGAAAAUGAAUAAUAAAUAACAAUAUAUCUAAAUCAAAAUAAGUAUAAAGCAAAAAAUUUAUAAAAAUAAAUAAUAUAAAAAUAAAUAAAUAAUAAAAAAAUAAUAAAAAAAUAAAAAUAAAAAAUAUAAAUAAAUAAAAAUAUAAUUGGAAAAUAUGAAAAAAUUUGGAUUGAUAAGCCGAUUUUAAUAUUAAAAAAUAAUGAAUUUGAUGAUAAUAAAGAUUAAAUGACAAUUAAUAAUAAUCCUAAUGAUGAAAGUGUCUGUUCCUUUAUUUUAUAGAAAAUGGCAUAACUCAAAAUCUGCAUUUAAUCCUAAAGUCCACUUUAAGCUAAAACGCAUUUCGCCGAUCUCAACGGCUUCCUCAGUCAGCUUUCAUGAAUCUUUCACUGUUCCUGUGUUUAAAAGGCUUUCAUUCCCGACGAAAUUUUCUUGGUCCAAUGACUUCCGUGACGCGAUUUCAUUGCCGUCGCAUCACUUCCGGUUUUUCGUAACUACAAGGUCCGUAGUGCUUUGUGCGCAACUUCCGGUCCGCGUCAUAGGGGAACCCGAUCAACGGGAAUCCCUAUUGCACAGGUCACAUUCGAGCCUUAUCGGCUCGUGUCAACAUAGAAUGCACAAAAGGAAAAGAAUUAUAAAAACAUUGAGGCAAUAUGUUUGAUGUCUUUUUCGAUACAUAGUGUUAUACAUAUAUAAGUAUAAAAAAGUUUUUUAUAUAUAUUGUUUUCCAGUUAAUCUUUAGUAUCAUAUAAGUAAGUUGUUUGUUUGUAGUAUCAUAUAAGUAAGUUGGGGAGUUGUUUUAACCACAGAUUAUAGUAUGGAGAAUGUGAAUUUUUUAGAUUUAACAAUUUUUAUAGAAAAUAAUUGUAUUAAAACAAAAACUUAUUUUAAAUCGGCAGAUGUAAAUAAUUACAUCUACCUAAAUAGUUGCCAUUUCUCACCGUGGUUGAAAAAUAUACCCAAGGCACAGUUUAUGAGAAUCCGCAGAAAUUGCACAGAUGUAAGCACCUUUGAAAUUCAAGCCACCAGGAUUAAAAAGGAUUUUAUAAACAAGGGAUAUGAAGAGAUGUCCCUUUUAGACACCAUAAAAGAAGUAAAAACAAUGGAAAUAUCUUCUCUACUAAAAUAUAAAUCAAAAAAUAAAAAUGAUAACAAUGACAUACCACUUAUUUGCAAUUUUAAUCAAGAAAGUCAUAAUUUAAAAAAAAAAAUAAACAAACAUUGGCCUCUACUAAGAAAUGAUCCGAUGCUGCACUCUAUACUACCAGAAAAGCCUAAACUGAUUUAUAGAGGAACCCCUAACCUAAAACAAAAAUUGUUCCACAAUCAUAUAAAAGAGAAUGCAUCUACCCCUUUUUUUCAAAAAGAAGGUUUUUUUGGCUGUGGACAGUGUCUAGCUUGUAAAAAUACAAAGAACACUAAAAGACACGUCACAGAAUUUUAUGAUCAAAAGGGAGAAAAGAAAUAUAAAAUACGAGAAAUGAUCACAUGCUUCUCGAAAAGGGUAAUAUACAUAUUAAAAUGCACUUGCAAUCUCCUCUACGUAGGUAGAGUCCUUUACAAAUAAGAAUAAAUGAACAUAUAAGAAACAUUAAAAAAGGUUACGACAAACACAGUGUCUCAGAACAUUUUAGUUUAGUACAUAAUAAAGACCCCCAAUUUUUAGACUUUAUGGCAAUCCAAAAAGUUACAUUAAAUUGGCGAGGGGAAGAUGAAAUAAGAAAAUUAGGAAAAAUUGAAACUAGAUGGAUUUUUGACCUAAACACCUUAGCCCCUUUAGGAUUAAAUGCAGAUUUUGAGUUAUGCCAUUUUCUAUAAAAUAAAGGAACAGACACUUUCAUCAUUAGGAUUAUUAUUAUUAAUUGUCAUUUAAUCUUUAUUAUCAUCAAAUUCAUUAUUUUUUAAUAUUAAAUUCGGCUUUUUUAUCAAUCCAAAUUUCUUCAUAUUUUCCAAUUAUAUUUUUAAUUUUAUUUUUAUUAAUAUAUUUUUAUUUUUAUUUAUUUUUACAUUUUUUAUAUUUAUUUUUAUAAAUUCUUUUUGCUUUAUACUUAUUUUGAUUUAGAUAUAGUCUUAUUUAUUCAUUUUUUCUUCAUUUCUCUUUAUUUCCAUUUUAUUCUUAUUUUUUUUUUUUUUUAAAUUCUUUAUUUUUCACUCAAUAGACGCAGCAAGUAUUCAUCAACUUUUUGGGCUUACGCAGAAGCCAAUGUGAAUUCAAUUCUCAUAAGCAUAACAUAGUGCAACAAAUACGAUCUACGCCCAUUCCUUAAGAAACUAUUGGUACCUGUCGUCUACAAAGGUUUUUUUUGUUUUUUUUUUUGUUUUUUUUUUUGUGUGUGUCAUAUUAUAGGUUAUAGCAAGUACAUGGCCAACUUAAAUGCUUACGCAGAAGCCAAUGGCAAGCAACACUGCCUUGGGCACAAGAGGCGUAUAUCCAUUACAUAUCGAUAAGUCAUGUUGAAAUCGUUGGUGCCUUGCUACCCGUCUAGAGUUUUUGGAUGAACUGUAUGCUUUCACUCAACGGGUGGAACAAUUGCAUAGAAACCUUCAGGCUUACGCAGAAGCCCGCUUAGAGAUUUGUAAAAAGCUAAGAUAUAUAUAUCAGGUAGGCCAAGCGAGAUCUACCCGCGUUCCCCUCCGGUCGCUGCCCCAUUAAGGGAGCUGUCACCUGUCUCACAGGCAUAUUGGCUAUAUUUGGGACCCAUUCUACUACACUGCGUGUUAUAGCGCUUUCUAUGUAUGGGUAUCCCAGCACUUCUGACAGCUUGAUUAAACCUAUCGCGGAGAAACACUAAUCUCUUGGCUAUCAAGAGAUAGAGAGAACGGAAAAGAGAGAAAAAUAGAUAGCAGGAAAAGGAACAGGAGACAAAAGUACAGUAGAAAGAGAAAAGUAAGAAGAGAAAAAGAUCAGAGGAAAGGAAAAAGAAAAGAGAGAGGAAGGGGGAGGGGGGGAGCCCUCAUUCCAACAGUAGUGCAAUCAAAAUGUCCUCGGGAGAGAAGGGGAGGGGGAUCGAUAAGCGUACCUAGUCUAUGCUAUGGUCCGUUUCCUGUCAGUCACUGCUCGAGCCCACUGGGCUAUUGUCCCACGGUUCCCAAAGUUUUUGGAAAGUUACAGUCGUACCCUUUAUCCUGGCAGUCAAAUCGUCCAUAAUCCUGCAUUCACGUACCCUGGAGAUCACCCCAGAAAAGACCGGUCCUUCCGGUUUCAGCCACUUAAUUGCUAUCUCUCUACGCGCGCUUAGAGUUAUUUUAUGAGCUAAUCUCUGUUCUCUCUUGGUCCACCCUUCUACUGUUCUAUUCAGUAAAUAUGUCCAGGGGUCUAACUUCAGGGGUUUAUCAAAGGUUUGUUCCAAGAGUUCCUCCACCGCUUUCCAGAAGCCGUGUAAUUUCGAGCAUUUCCACCACAUAUGGAUGUACGUUCCGCGUAAUCCGCAGCCUCUCCAGCAAACGUCCGAAUCUAGUUUAUGCAUGUUGUACAGUUUCACUGGUGUGGUAUACCACCUGAACAUAGUCUUCCAUGUCUGUUCCUGGAGCGUAACGCAUAUGGAAGCAUUUUUGUUAGAUUCCCAUAUCUCCUGCCAUUCAAGUCCUUCCAGGGCCUCUCCAAGGUCCGCCUCCCAUUGCUCAGUAUACGUUAAACUCCCCCACUCUUUGUUUUCUAUACUAAGGUGUGUAUACAAAAGUGUGAUCAUACCUUUAGGUGCCAUUUCCUCUGAACACAAUUUCUCGAAGAAAGUCAGUUGUUUCUGUGCCGCGGUUCUAAUACGUGGCCUUCGGGCAAAAUCCCGUAUCUGAACAUAUCUGAAAAAAUCUGCCGGUGUUAAAUGGCGGUCUUGUUGUAACUCCUCGAAUUGGACUAUUUCUCCGUUGUGGUAUAACUGAUGGAUCCGUUGUAGGCCGGUAUUUUCGAUAUUUCGGAAAUCUCUUGGAGCCAUGCCGGGAGGAAACUCUCUGUUUCUAAGAAUAGGGGUGAGAGGUGACGGAGUUGACGCUAGCCCGUAUUUGGCAUUAGUCAUGUCCCAGAUAUGUAGUGAGUUGAGUAUAGCCGGGCAGGUCACUCUUAUCAUUGGCCGAUGUUCUUUAGGGACCCACAUCGUAAAUUGGGGUAUAUCCGAUCCUACCAGCAUGGACUCAACCUCUACCCACCUUCUUUCUUCCGGUGGGGAGUGCCACAUGGCUAUCUGCGUCAGUUGUGCUGCAAGAUAGUAGAAAUAUAGAUUAGGUAAGCCAAGCCCCCCUCUAUCUUUGCGUCUAUACAGGAUCUUUCUUGAUAUUCUGUGCCUCCUAUUCUGCCAUAUGAAAUCCCCUAUCGCUUUUUGUAGUGGGGAUAGUUGUGCUUUCGUAAGUUGAACAGGUAGUGCUUGAAAUAAGAAUAAGAGGCGUGGGAGGAUAUUCAUCUUGACUGAAUUUAUCCGACCUAUCCAGGAGAUGGGUUUAUCCACCCAGUUUUCUAGAUCUUGCGUUAAAGCCCUGAGCAUCGGAGUAUAAUUCGCAGAGUAUAGUCUUUCCGGAUCUGCCGUCAGGUGGAUACCUAAGUAUGUCAGAGAAACCUUUUCCAUCCGUAUAUGGAAGGUCUCCUGUAUUUCCUUUGUUUCCGUUUCCAAUAGGCCCACUGACAUAGCACUGGAUUUGUGCAUAUUUGCUUUAUAACCGGACACUGUUCCAUAUGCUGUCAUUACCUCUUGUAACGCCGACAUCGAAGUAACCGGGUCUGUUACGGUCAGGAGGACGUCAUCAGCAUAUGCCGAGACGGUGAAUUCUUUAUUCCCAACUCUGACCCCUUUAAUGUUGGGAUGCUUACGUAUUGUUUGCAUCAAGGGUUCCAGUGCUAAGACAAAAAGAAGGGGGGAAAGCGGACAACCCUGCCUGGUCCCGUUAAAUAAACGAAAAGGUUUCAGUGGGGCUCCAGUUAUCAGCACUUGUGCCCUCACCUCAUGGUACAUCGCUCUUACCACCGUUAUGUAUUCCACCGGAAAUUCCAAAUGUUUUAAAACGGAGAACAGGAAUUGCCACCGAACCCUAUCAAAGGCCUUUUCGGCAUCGAUAGACACUAUCAGGGUGGGUGUCCUGGUGAUCUCUUGUUUCCAUAUCAGGUCAACAUUCCUCCUUGUAUUUUCAAAUAAUUGUCUCCCUUGGAUAAAACCUACUUGGUCUGGAUGUAUGAGUGAGGCCAGCAACGGAUUCAAUCUAUCCGCCUGCACUUUCGCUAGGAUCUUCAUGUCAUGGUUAAUGAGCGAAAUAGGCCUGUAAUUCGUGGGCUGGAGCAGGUCCUUUCCGGGUUUAGGUAGUAGUACGAUCGUAGCCAUGGUCAUGUCAGGAUCUAAAUUCCCGCCCUGCCUCAGGUAGGCAAAAAGCUUCACCAAGCGCGGCGUAAGCUCCUCCCUGUAAGUCUUGUAAUAUGUGCCAUCGAACCCAUCUGGUCCCGGCGCUUUGUUGCCCUUCAGGCCUGAGAUGGCCCUGUCCACUUCUUCUUCAGUGAUUUCUGCUGCUAAACUGUACGCCAUAUCCCUACUUAGUUUCUUCAGACCCAAAGGCUCUAGAUACUGCAGGAUAAGUUCCUCCUCUUGUUCAGGCCGGGUACCCCCUGUCGGGGUGUGGUGAUAUAAUUGUUUAUAGUAAUCCUCAAAAAUCUCAGCUAUCUCCGUCGGCUUUGAUUUCGUCGUGCCAUCCGGGUGUCGUAUGGCCGUGAUAUGAGACCGUUCCUGUCGGGGUCGUAGUGUCCUGGCCAGAAGUGUGUCCAUCUUGUUUGCUUUUUCAAAGUAGGUACGUUUUGACCACACCAUGGACCUGGCCGUGUCGUCUAGCAAUAGAGUACGGAUGUUUCUCCUCACUGUUUCUAAUUGUCUGUAGAGCUCUUCGGUCGGGGUCGUUUGGUGUUUUAAUUCAAGGGUUCGUAGCUGUCCCAGCAUAGUCUCUAGCUGUUGAUGUUUCUGUUUCUUCUUUCUGGUGGCUAUCUUGAUCAGUGUCCCUCUCACUACAGCCUUGUGUGCCGCCCAUAUUGUACUCGCCGUCACGUCUGGGGUGUCGUUCGUACCAAAGUAAUCUAUCAACUCCUUCCUAACCUGUGCCACCACUUCAGGAUCCCGAAGUAAUGAUGUAUUGAGCCUCCAUGUCCACGGUGAAGCUGCACACAGAUUGCCCAGUGUGAUGGAGACGUCAGCAUGGUCCGACCAAGAAAUGUUACCAACUUGUGAGCCUACAGUGCGUGAAAGACCUGCAGCAUUCGUGAGGAAUAGGUCGAUCCUGGAAUACGUACCAUGUGGAGCCGAAUAAAAAGUGUAGUCCUUGGUACUUGGAUGAUGAGCCCUCCAAAUGUCUAUCAGUCCCGUAGUAGUAAUAAAGUUUCUAAGUAACUGGUCUUGCCUGCCUCUCCCUUGGGACCUUGGUGUUCCAUCUUUAGAGCUCCUGUCCAUAGCAGGGCACGGGGCCGCGUUAAAGUCCCCCCCCAUGACAACUAUGCCAUGUGGCAACGCUGAUACUUUAUCCUGCAAUGUGUGCCAGAAGGUGGAGUCCGGUUUGUUCGGUGCAUAAAUAUUCAGCAGGUGCAUGGUAUGGGACUGUAAGGUUCCUGAUACAAUGACGUAGCGGCCGUCUGGGUCUAUGUCUUGGGAGGUCAUUCGGAAGGGACAGCUAUUGCUAACGAGAAUAGCCACUCCAUUACGUUUACGAUGGGACCUCGCUUCGUAUGUCCCUGCGUAUGUGCGGUCACGUAGCCUGAACUUAGCUUGUUUAGGAAUGUGAGUUUCCUGCAGAUAAGCGAUAUCCGCCUUCAUUCUUUUCAGCUCUCUGAACAUUAGACGGCGCUUUUUCGGGCCGUUUAGGCCUUUAACAUUCAACGUAAUGAUCUUAAUCUCCAUUGCGUGGAGUGUCCCUCCCUACUGCUUAAAACUGUGACUAUAGCUUGUCCGUCGCUCUGCAAGCCCUUGUCUAUCAUGUCAUUUGGGUUAGGCGUCCUGACUAUGGUAUCCUCUUUUGACAUUGACGGACCAGGGUCAGGCCUAAAGCCCACUACUUCGGGGAGUACUCCCCCGCCCCCUAGAUAAGGAAAGAAAAGGAAAGAAAAGAGAAAGGUAAACUGGAGAUGAAUAAAGGGCAUUGGAAGAUGCCCGAGAGAUCUGGUCUUACCUAUCGCCAGAUUCACGUGGGGAGCACGUUCCCACUUCUCCUCUGUAAUCACGCUGGGAGGAGCUGUGGAGCUCUGAGCCUCGUCUCCCACACGCCCUCUCAUAUCUUGAGUGACCACUAAAUGCUCGUCAAGAGAGCCAUAUCAAAACUUCCAUCCCCUACCCCACCGCUUUUGGCCCAUGACCAUGCAACUGGGUCCAUACUCACUAUGUACACUUUAUCCCCUUAGGUUGGGGUUGCGGGACUAUACCCGGUUAUUGGCAAUCACAAAAGCCGUCACACACUAGGGCCACACUAGAGGACCAUUCCGUCCGGAUUAGGUCCUAGGCCUCUAUCUAUUAUACAAUACUCCCCGCAGGGAGAACAUACCGGCUGACCAUAUGAGGGAUCAACCUAUUAAAACCGAUUAUAUUUAUGACCCUAUAGGAGAAAGGAAAAAAAAAAAAAAAGAGUUACCCCACAUCCCCCCCUAUACCCUUCCAAACUCGACCAGCCAGUAUUAUUUUGUCGUAAAUGACUGCAUAAUUUCAUAACAUUAAGUAGGGGGUGCAUCUGCUAUGAGUGGCAAGAGAACAUACCCAUCUGUGUGAAGGUACAAAACCCCUCCAUCAAGGCGCACACUCCUUCUUUUCAACACAACCCUUAUCCUUCAUGGCAUGGUUUAGUUCUACAUUUUGCCAUAUGGUCACCUUUCUCCCAGUUUCCUAUUGAGGGGAAACACACUCUCCCAUAGUCAUCAUCCACCCCUAUUGCAAAGCGUACAGUACUCUUCCUAUCGCCCAACCGGCUGCCCAUCAGUUAUAUUCACGUACUGUUAUAGUAUACACAAGAAAUCCCUGUAUAAAUUGUACAUGGUCAUUAGUUUCCGGCCUGCGCUCUCGAGUAUCCCUUUGCGUAUGUCGCUUUGACACCUUCUAGCUAGCAGUGACCAUCAACCCUCACAGGGUCACCUCCCUCCUCUUCAUCGACACCAUCCUCCUCCCUGUCCUCUUUUCCUUCAUGUCCUCCCCUCCUCUCCUUUCCCCCUCUUCUUCUUCUCAUUCCUUUUCCGUCUUAGGUCUGCAUAUUCUCAUUCCCAUGCCCCUCCCUCACCUUCUCCCCUCUCCUCAUGCUCCCCUCCCCCUUUUCUGCUGUACUACCUCUCUGCUCCUACUUCCCCCUCUUUCAAUGUUGAUCAUUUAUAUUUAUCUGGUGUGUUUUCCUUUUCUUUGUUGUUUCAUUUUGUGGUUUUAUUUUAUGUUAUGUUAUCCCUAUUUCUGCAGCGUUCCCUCUUCCCCCCUUUUGCGAUUUCUGUCACCUUUUCCUCUUUUUCUUUCUCCCUCUUACACUCUUUUCAUUUUAUUCUUUCUCUCUUUUCUCCUUCGUCCCCACUCCCUCCCUUCUCCUUUAUCCCCCCUCUCCCUCUCUUUGUUUCCGUUUUCUCCUCCAUCCUCCUCUCUCCAUCCUUUUCCUUUUUUCUCUCCCACUUUUCUUUCCCUGUUUCCUAUUCUCCCACCCCACCCCUAUUCUCGUUCCCGUUAUGCAUUCCCGUUUUUCAAAAAGGGGGGGGGGGCCUAUGUCUUUGUGGGGGUUAUUUCCCUUCCCUUUUCUUCUUCCUUUUUCCCCUUUUUCCCCUUUCUUUUCCUUCCCUUCCCUUCUCUUUCCCUUUUUUGUUUCCUUUUUCCCUUUUCAUUUUCCUUUUUUCCCUUUUCCCCCCCCUUUUUCCUUUCUUUUUAUAUCAUGCAUGCAGUACCCUUACCAUACACAUUACAAGUCACCUGCAUGCAAUCAUCGCAUACCCAAUACGAGGAGGGAAGGGGGCGCAAAGAAAGUCAGGUGUUGAAAACACAAACAAAAAAUUAGCAGUACCACAAGUUCUUUUGUGUCCCGAAAUAUGGAGGAAAGCCAUAUCCUGAUAGCCUCCGCGUGUCUUGCGUGGCGCUCUGUAGGUCGGUAACAGAAGUGUACGACCCACAGAGCGCCACGCCAUUUUCCUUUCUUUUUAUAUCAUGCAUGCAGUACCCUUACCAUACACAUUACAAGUCACCUGCAUGCAAUCAUCGCAUACCCAAUACGAGGAGGGAAGGGGGCGUAAAGAAAGUCAGGUGUUGAAAACACAAACAAAAAAUUAGCAGUACCACAAGUUCUUUUGUGUCCCGAAAUAUGGAGGAAAGCCAUAUCCUGAUAGCCUCCGCGUGUCUUGCGUGGCGCUCUGUAGGUCGGUAACAGAAGUGUACGUGUGGAGAAAAAAAAAAAAAAAGGUCCCCUUAGUCCUAUGGUCACCUGGAUUGUCCAUCCGGCCCCGGUCCCGGCAACCCCCUCCCAAAUCACAGCCCCUUCAUCAGUAGUAUUAAAAGCUGUGGUAGAGCGAACACUAUGGGCCACGGAUAAGAGGGGUAGGAGAAGGCCCGGGUGUCCCUCCCAAAGCUUCAUUGUGCAAUAAAGGCCCACCCAGUGUCAGACCCUCACCCAGUCCCCACCCGCAACUGAAUGAGGGGGCCACACAAUACGAUACCCUCCAACUUUAACGGUGGCCUCUCGGAUCCGCUGUCUGCCAGUCCGGCCUCAAUUGGGGAAGCACCUCCGGGCCCAAUGCCAGGUUGGGGAGGUUCGGGGGAGGUUGGACGCCCAGACUCUGGAACAGGCGUAGGGGAUCACCUCCCGGCAACAGGACAUGUACCCGGUCUCCCUGAAACGUAAGGAGCUUGAAGGGAAAGCCCCAGGCAUACCGUAUGCCCGCACUUCUAAGAGCCUCCGUCACGGGUCGCCAGUCCCUUCGGCGUUGAAGCGUAGUGGGAGCAAGGUCGUGAUACAGGGAAAUGGAGGUGCCGGCGUACCUGAUGGGGCCCUCACGGCCCUUCUUCAUGAGCUCUUCCUUUGUACGGUAGUGCAGGAACCGGACUAUAACAUCCCUCGGGGUAUUCCCCUCUGCCCUCACUGCGCGUAGAGCCCGGUGCACUCGUUCCAUGUGCCAGCGUUCCUCUGGCAGAUCUGGGAGGAGAGGUCUCAGGGCGGAGAUCACAAUCUCCUGCAGCUUUUCGCUUUUGUCUUCAGGCAGGCCCCGUAUGCGGAGGUUGUUCCUCCGGGAGCGGUUCGCCAUGUCCUCCAUUGCCAGGUCUGUAUCUACCGCCUGGGCGGUGAGGUGGUUGACCCGGUCCACAACCGCAUUGUAGGCCUGAGCAGUGGCGUCCAUACGUUCCUCCAGCCUCGCGGUCCGUUCCCCCAGGGCUCCUAUGUCGGCCUGUAGGACUGCCGUCGAUUUGGCGAUCUCACCGGCCAAGAAGGUCCGGACUUCUGCCAGCUUAAACAGGACGGUGUCGUGGUCGGCUGACGAGGACUCCCUGUUACCACGAGGCGAUGCCUGUGAGGAGCCCCCGUCGCCAUCUUGGCUUUCAGGCCGGCCUUGCUUAGGAGCGGUCAGGAGGUCCAGGACGGAGCCUCCCGGUUCAGAGAACUUUUUAGGGUGUUUUUUGGACACCCUCUUCUCCAUGGUAUGGGGUAAGGUGGGAAAGUGGACAAAAAAACACUUUGGGUCGCUUUUGUUAGCUGUUUGGGCGCGUGUAGCACGGAGCUCUAAGGAGACACGUCCAGUCUUCUCGACGGUCAGGCCACGCCCCCCUUUAUUCUUAUUUUUAUUAUUUUUAUUUUUAUUUUAUUUUCAUUUUUAUUUUCCAUUUAUAUUUCUAUUUUUAUUUUUAUUCUUCAUUACUUCAUAUAUAUAAUUUAAAUUCAUUUCUAUAUCCUUUUUUUUUUUUCGUUACUCCCAUUUAUGUUUUUAAAUUAUCAUUUAAUAUACACUACUUUUACUUUUUUCCAUAAUCUUUUAAUUAAGAUUUUCCUUCUGUUUUGCAUUUUAUGGAUACAUCCCAACAUUAAAUUUAGCACUUUAUAAUCAAUUUUUUUGUGGUUACUUAUAUGAUACUAAAGAUUAACUGGAAAACAAUAAAUAUAAAAAACUUUUUUAUACUUAUAUAUGUAUAACACUAUGUAUCGAAAAAGACAUCAAACAUAUUGCCUCAAUGUUUUUAUAAUUCUUUUCCUUUCGUGCAUUCUAUGUUGACACGAGCCGAUAAGGCUCGAAUGUGAACUGUGCAAUAGGGAUUCCGUUGAUCGGGUUCCCCUAUGACGCAGACCGGAAGUUGCGCACAAAGCACUAUGGACCUGAAAGUUACGAAAAACCGGAAGUGACGCGACGGCAAUGAAAUCGCGUCACGGAAGUCAUUGGACCACAAGAAUUUCGGCGGGAAUGGAAGCCUUUUAAACACAGGAACAGUGAAAGUCUCAUGAAAGCUGACUGAGGAAGCCGUUGAGAUCGGCGAAAUGCGUUUUAGCUUAAAGUGGACUUAUUUUUUGUACCACCCAUAUUCUAUUAUUCUGUUCUAAUUAUUUUGUUAUUUUAUAUACAUGUGAUUUUAUAAAGUUAAUUCUUAUAUAUACAUUUUUAUUAUAAUAAAUAUUCCUUUUUUUACAUCAUCCCAUUGGAUCCUGAAAAUAAUUCCAGGGAAGGGGGCAGUGUCACCCCAAAAUUGACACCAAGCUGGUAUACUUAGAGCCAGUUAUCAAAAGGCUCUAAAAAAGGUGAGCACUUUGAAUUUUAUAUUCUCUAAAAUACAUCUAUUAUUGGAGAUACUACACUUAGUUUGAUACAUUUGUGUCUUCCAUAUAUGCUGUGGAGAGGAAUAUACCAUUGCCUGGAGAAAGAGGUUGUGUAGUCCACCUAAAAAGACACAAGACGCUCAGAAGUUUAGAGCCUAAAAACUAGAAAAGGCUCUAGAAAAUGUGAGUUUAGACAUAUCUGUCACUUACAUGCAAGUCUUCCAAUUUUUUAAUAUACUGCACUAUUAUCUGUAUAUAUUUUCUCUUCUUGUUUUAUAUAUACAUAAUUUCUUGAGAUUAUUGUAGAGGGUAAGUGUGUUUUUUAUAAAAUAUUGGAAAACACAAUAUCACCUCACAUUAUUAUAUAGCACUGCACUCUUUAAAAUUCUAAGGACCCAGAAGGUGGAAACACCAGAAAGGUCCUAAGUUUUUUCUGUUUUUUUGGUGUUUAAGUAGUAAAACUGUCUGCGAAAUGUUUGAUAAAUACCUGGAGUCUGCCAGUCACCUUCUCCUCUGCCCCUGUAACCUCACUUCACUGAACUAAGCCUGGCAGUACCGUUAUUUGGCUGAGAGUGCUUAGCUGAUUCUCUCAACCAAUAAGCUGACCCUAUAUGAGCUUCCAAGCUGCAGAAGAGGUAAUUGGUGACUGCCUAACUCCAUGUAAGUUGCCAAACCGUGUGACUGCUUACAGUGGAAGGGCACAAGGGUAAUUCUGGCGCCAUAACCACAAUGUCAGCUGAAGCAGAGUCCCACAAAAUCUACUUUGUGAUGCUCUGGGUAAACUUUGGCGUGCACGGGCAUCUAUGUAGAAAUGUUGUACUAGGGCGGGUGAGGAAAGAAGUUCAAAGAACCUCUAUUCUCCCCCCUGGACAUAAUGGAAUGGGCUCACAGUAGGUACAGAGCCACUGGGCCGUCUAGUGCCCACCUUAUAAAUAGCUGUGAUACGAUUUUUCCCUUCCUAUUUAUAUUCAUAUAGCUAUGUUUUUUUUUCUUAUUAUUAUUAUUUUAAAUUAUAUAUUUUUUUCUAAAUGUAUUCUUUUAUCAAUUCUAGAUCAAGCGCUGGGCAGAGUUGGGCUGUAUAAUUAAACUAUUUUUUGUCGGCACAAUCCUGUCUCUGAUUGUUGUGAUAGGAUUAAUCAUUUCCAACCUUGUGGAACAAUGUAACGAAGACUUCACAGUGUCGCUCAUUCAGUUGAUAGGAGCUGGUAAGGGAGACAGAAAAGUAUUCAUUAUUUGAAUUUUAUUUUUUAUUUUUCCCCCACAGCUAGGCCUAUCGAAAUAGUAUACUUGUUUACCUCUUUGAUUUCCUAAAUGGCUAGUUUUAUUUGUUUUUAGAAAUAUUUUCUUAUUUUUUUUUUAUUUUUUUUUUCCUUUUGAAGCCUGUUCCACGCACAUACUAUUUUAUUUUUUAUUAUUUAUUUAAAGGGACACUAUAGUCACCUGAACAACUUUUAGCUUAAUGAAGCAGUUUUGGUGUAUAGAACAUGCCCCUGCAGCCUCACUGCUCAAUCCUCUGCCAUUUAGGAGUUAAAUCCCUUUGUUUAUGAACCCUAGUCACACCUCCCUGCAUGUGACUUGCACAGCCUUCCAUAAACACUUCCUGUAAAGAGAGCCCUAUUUAGGCUUUCUUUAUUGCAAGUUCUGUUUAAUUAAGAUUUUCUUAUCCCCUGCUAUGUUAAUAGCUUGCUAGACCCUGCAAGAGCCUCCUGUAUGUGAUUAAAGUUCAAUUUAGAGAUUGAGAUACAAUUAUUUAAGGUAAAUUACAUCUGUUUGAAAGUGAAACCAGUUUUUUUUUCCAUGCAGGUUCUGUCAAUCAUAGCCAGGGGAGGUGUGGCUAGGACUGCAUAAACAGAAACAAAGUGAUUUAACUCCUAAAUGACAGUGAAUUGAGCAGUGAAAUUGCAGGGGAAUGAUCUAUACACUAAAACUGCUCUAUUUAGCUAAAGUAAUUUAGGUGACUAUAGUGUUCCUUUAAAAAAAUUCUGGCAUAUGGUGGCAGUACCUAUGGGUUGUGCCUCCUAAAUUGGGACAAGCAUCUACAAGAUAGGAAUUAAUUAAAAGUCCCUCCUCUUUAUCCCAUAAAGGGCUUCCCCCAGCAAACCCACCUGAGUUCUUCCUUGUCCCAGCACGAGACGAAUCAAGCUUCUACUUGAGGUGAGGCACACUGGUUGAUGUCUGGGGGAGGGAGCCCGAUAGCCGCCCGGGUGGUAGGCUGAACGGCAUGGCUCUGUCCAUGGAGGUCCCGAAGCCCUUUCAGUUAUUUAUGUUGUGCCGUGUAUGUUAUGGCUUUGCGAUUAUGGGUGGGCCAGGGGACACCUUCAUGAUGCUACAGGCCCUGUGCACUGCGGUGGAACGCACGUGGUGUUGCGUUCCACUGAAAUUCCAGGUACGCCACUGCACGCGUGAACCGGAUCUUUCAGGAAAUGAUUCUGGAUUUGAAUCCAUGGGCGCAUAAAUGCUGUGCGGUUUCCCUCUGGCAGCUAAAUGCUGGUCAGAAAGGAGUCUCUGUGUCACCAGCCCCCCACACGGCUCAAAGGGUUUUGAGGUAAAAUUUUAAAAAUCUUUACUUUGAAUAUCUUGGCUUUCUGUUAAACGGUUUAGGGUCUUAAAGGUAUAUUUCUGUUAUGUUUCAGAUAUGUCUAGCCCUCAGCAAAAAUAGACAUGCCUACUCCUGCAACUAGGAAGGCCUCAUCCAAAGCCAAACAUUUAGUUUGCAAUGAUUGUUCCACCCCCCUACCGCAUGGCACUAGGAGUAAAGUGUGUAAUCAAUGUGCAGCAAUGUCUUUGGAAAAAUCCAAACAAAAGGAUAUGCAAUCGUUCUUGUCCUGGUUUUAGGAUAUCCUGGCUCAGACUUUGGAUUAUUUUAAAGAGUCACAUGAGGUUUCUGCUGCAGUGCCUGAGGUAGUCCUUAGAGGCAGGAAAAGCAGGAGGUCUUCUUCUAAUUCUGACAUGUCUUCUGACGAAUGUUCGUCUACUGCUGACUCAGAGGUUUCUAGUUCAUCAGCUUGUGUGGAGUCUGGGUUCCCACCUGAUGAACUAAGGAAGUAAAUCAGUUUGUUGCAGGAAGAUACUGCUAAGGGCAAGAAAGGUUUCCCUGUACCUCAAGUCCUAGUUGACCUUCUUUAUAGGGAAUGGGAUAACCUGGAAAAGCGAGCCUUUAUCUCCCGGCAUUUUAAGGAAUUGUUCAAGAUUACGGAUGAUGCUAGAUGGGACGAAUUGCCUAAAGUGGAUAUCCAGGUGGCUCAGCUUUCUAAAAAGACCACUAUUCUGAUAGGGGAAGUAGCGGCUUUAAAGAAUCCUAUGGACUAGAGGGCAAAGACCUCCUGCAGGCAUGCUUUCCAGUCGACCGGUUUCCAAUGUAAAGCUUUGCUGGCAGGGGCAGCAAUAUCCAGCGCUAGUAACUUGAGGUUGCAAUCUUUAGAGGAGAUGAUGUUGGACUCUCCAGACAAACAACUGGUUAGGUUGCUACAACAUUUGAAAUUGUCUAAUACAUUUAUUAUGGAUAUGAUGAAUUAAGUGCUCAAGUUGGCUUCCAGAAUCAUCGGCUUAUCUUCAGUUUCCCGCAGAGCCUUGUGGCUUAGAGCCUGGACGGCGGAUACAGCCUCAAAAUCGGUCCUCUGUUAACUCCCAUUGGAAAAACAAAAGCUGUUCGGGUCUACCUUAGAGGAGAUCAUUAAACAGAUGUCUGAGAUGAAAAAAGCCCUUCCUCAAGACAAGAAAUUUUCUUGGAAGCCUGUUUAUAAAAAUUUCCAGUAUAUGAAUAGAAGAACUUACCAGGAUAGGCCUCAUUAUUUUCCAAAAAGAGGAAAAAAAUCUGAGGUUUGAGGAGAAAAAAAGGGGAUAGAUCUGACAAGAGUAGGAGGCAGAAUCCAGCAUUUCUUCAAAAGAUGGGAAGAAACUAUAAGCAGUCCAUGGAUUCUAAAUCUGGUAAAAAGAGGGUACCGAUUGCACUUUCCAAACCUGCCCAAAACAAAAUUCCUCACUUCCCUUUAUCUAGCCUUCCAAAAAUCAGAAGCUCUGUUUGCAGAAGCGGUUCUGCUAUUAAAAAAAGGGGUCAUAGAAAAAGUUCCGGUGACCCAGGAAUUUCAAGGGGGUCUACUCAAGUCUCUCUUCCUAAUCUCGACACCAGACCAUUCCUUUCGGCCGAUCCUAGAUUUAAAAAAUGUGAACGAGUUUCUUCGUUACCAAAGGUUCAGAGUGGAAACCAUUACUUCUGUGACUCAAAUUCUUUGGAAAGGGGAUUUUAUGGUAAAGCUUGAUCUCAAGAAGAUUCCUGAGAUUCGCCAUAAAAAGGGGAAAAGGUAUUUUACAUUUCCAGUUCAAAACCCUCCUUCGGUUUGUCAUCAGCCCCAAGAAUAUUUUGAAAAGUUCUUACGCCCAUAACAGGUUAUCUAAGGGAGCGGGGUGUCAAGCUCAUUCCCUACUUGGACGAUUGACUGCUUACAGCAAAUUCCAGAAGUUUGCUGUUGGAAAAGGUUCGGUUCACAAUCCAAGUGCUUCAGAAACACUGUUGGAUACUGAACUUAAAGAAGUCGAUUCUACUUCCUUCAAGAAAAAUAGAAUUCCAGGGAUUUGAGAUAUGUUCAAGAACGUUAUCUCUACAUCUGACUAUAGACAAAACAAAGACAAUCCAGAAGAAAGUGCCCGAUUAUUUACAGAAAAGAGAUUAUUCUUCUAGAAGACAGGCAAUGAGUGUUCUGGGAUAUCUAACCUCAUCAAUUCCCGCAGUCAAAUGGGCAAACUCAGAAAUCAGGCCUUCAGUGGGAAACUUCUCUUCUUGGUCAAAAAGAGAGGAAGACUUAGAUUUAUAUCUCCUCAGGUGAAAGCUUGGUUAAACUGGUGAAAAACUUUACGUUUCCUUUCGGCAGGUCUAACCUUCAGACCGAAAGAAUGGGUGGUUGUCACCACAGAUGCGUCAAACUUAGGCUGGGCCGCUCCUCUAAAUUUGUUAAUGUGCCAAGAUACUUGGUCCACAGAAGACAAAAAAAGGUCAACAAAUUAGAGAAUUGAAGGCCGUUUUUCAUGCCCUUCACUGAUUCAGAUCUUGGAUAGAAAAGAGGCCCGUAAGAAUACAGUCAGAAAACAACACAGUGGUCUUACAUCAACAGACAAGGUGGCACCAGAUUCGAAAGUCUGUUUCGGCUAUGCACCGACAUUAUGUGCUGGGCUCAGGUUCACUUAGGCAUCACGUCUGCCAAAAGAGUAGGGGAACUUCACGCUCUUUCUUCAUUGGACAAAUUCAUUAUAUUCCAUGAAGAUAAGGUAGUGCUCCAUACUAAGCCUUCAUUCCUUACGAAGUUUAUCGCUUCUAGAGCUGUUAAUCAGCCCAUCGUUUUACCUUCCUUCUGCAAUAAUGCCACCUUGCCGCAGGAACUAAAAUGGCAUAAAUUGGAUGUUAGAAGAGCUCUAUAGAUCUACCUUUCAAGAACUGCCGAUUUAUAGAAAAUCUGAUCACCUGUUAAUUUCCAAGGGAAAUUUAAAGGGGAAAGAGCCUCUCGUAAUUCUAUCUCUCGUUGGUUGAUACAAUCAAAAUGGCGUAUGCUUACAGUAACCUUCCUAUACCUACUUUUCUUAAAGGACAUUCCACAAGAGCAAUGUCCACAUCAUGGGCAGAAAAGGCUAUUGCAUAACCCAAAGAAAUUUGCAAGGCGGCCUCUUGGUCAUCGUUCAAAACCUUCACCAGGCAUUACAGGCUAGAUGUAUUCUCAUCCGCUGAAGCUGCAUUUGGGCGUAAGGUACUUCAAGCAGUUGUGGCGUAAUGCCCACCCAAUGGCAAUCUUGCUAUAUCCAACAGGUACUGCCACCAUAUGCCAGAAAAAAUAGAAAUUUUUACUUACAGUAAAUACUUUUUUUUUUUUUUUUUUUCUUAAUCUGGUGGCAGUACAAUACUCCCUCCCUUUGAAUUAAAAAUGUAUUUGUUGUAUUUGACUUGUGUGGUGUGUUUUCUUGCUACGACUGAGGUGGGUUUGCUGGGGGAAGCCCUUUAUGGGAUAAAGAGGAGGGACUUUUAAUUAACUCCUAUCUUGUACACACAACCCACAGGUACUGCCACCAUAUUAAGAAAAAAAUAAUUUAUGGUAAGUAAAAAUUUGUUGGUUUUUUUCCUCCAUAAAUUUUGGUUAUGCACACGAUCCACAGUUUCCGAAUUAUGUAUGGUGUAUUGUUUCACGUGCAGUUGAACUGUAAACUUCCUCUUUUUGUUUUUGUUUUUUUGGCUUUCUGCUGAGACAGGAUAUUAAAAAAGGAAUGGGAAAUUAUAGCGAAACUAUCUUUCUAUCUUUCUAUUUCUUAAUAAAGAGAACUACUGCUUAAACAAAUCCAGGGGACAGGCUCUUUUUCUACUAAGAAAAAGUGUGCCUUUCCUGCAGCUUUUACCGGUAAGUAGGAUGAAAAAACCCCCAUAAAACUUGCCUGUAAUCCAGCACUGGACCUUCCCCUCUCCACAGCUGCUGUGCAUGUGGAUAUGGCACAACAGGAGAUGUCCGACCUCUCAGGGUGUAUCGUUAAAGGACCACUAUAGUGCCAGGAAAACAAAAUAAUUUUCCUGGCACUAUAUAGUCCUUGUUUCCCCCCCCCCCCCCCCCCCCCCACCCUAAGGGCCCCCUCCCACUGGGCUGAAGGGGUUAAAACCACUUCAUCCACUUAGCUUUAUCCAGCGCCAGUCUCCCUCAGCGCUGGUGACCUCUCCUUCCCCUCCAACGUGAGCUCCCAAGUGGAGCCGCAUGCGCGGCCAGAGCAGGCGUGCACAUUCAAACUACCCAUAGGAAAGCAUUACUCAAUGCUUUCCUAUGGACAUUCUGUGUGAUCAAUGCGAUUUUCGUAUUGAGCGUCGGGGAAGCGCCUCUAGCUGCUGUCAGGAAGACAGCUACUAGAGGCUGGAUUAACCCUGCAAUGUAAACAUAGCAGUUUCUAUGAAACUGCUAUGUUUACAUCUGAAGGGUUAAAAUCUGUGGGACCUGGCACCUGGGUGACUAUAGUGGUCCUUUAAGUCCCUUAAUAUGUAUUGAUCUGUACACUAUUAAAGUGAAGCUGACCUCAACUUUUCCUAUAUAAAGUUAACACUGCUGACCUUCCUACAUGUGCUGCUUUGAAAGAAACAGGGGCCUACAUGAACUUGACCACUUGAGGGCACCUGGUUUUAAGCGCACAAAAAAACCCUUUAAAUAGGCUGUUGGGGUGAUAAGAGCAUGGAGUAUUGGCCAGUGUCCCCUUUAGCCUUUACAGCCACCUCUACUUGACUACAUGAACAGUUGUAGAGAGUGUAAAACUCAAUGCUGUCCCAGCUCCUCCAGUGUCUGUGUAUGAGGCUGAACAGGAAGUAAAAAAAUCACUUUACAUCUGAAACGUGAUUUAACUCCUAAAUGUCAGACAAUUGAGCAGUGAGAAUGCAGGGGCAUAAUCUAUACUCCAAAACUGCUUCAUUAAGCUAAAGUUGUUUUGGUGACUAUAAUGUCCCUUUAAAGUAAAUGUGACCAAUGUAAUUUAUGUAACUAUGUAAUUGUUUAUAUAUAGUGUGAAUGCAUGUCUUCAUGUAGUGUGAAUGCACCCAUGUGCAAGUGUGUGUGUGAUGUUAAUGAAAAUCUGAUCACAUGGUGUUCUCAUGAUAAACUGAUACAUUUUGUCCUCAGUGUUUUGCAUCUAUUAUAUCACUCGAGGAAUCCUGCAAGAUAAUCGCAAUGAGCUCGGUGCCUUUAUAGUAUCUAUUUUACUGGAAAUUACCCGAUCUAUUGUGAAUUACGCUGUCCUUGCUGAUGAGCUAAAACCUGAGAUACUAGUAAGUUUAAUUUGCAUUUUUUUAUUUUAUUUUAAUUUUUCUGCAUGUGCAAAAGAAUAUUUGACUGGCCAGUUAUAUUGUUCCAAAGUUUCCUGCCUGCUACAUAAUGACAUGGAGCCACUGCAACAUUAUUGUGUGGUGCAAACUGAGUAGCUUCCAGUACAACCGUAUGUAAGAGAGCUAGCAAAAGGAAAGCUGCCGCGUCUCUAUAUUUGUGGUUUAUAUAUAAUCACAAACUGCCUAUUGUGGCAGGCUAUGCAAUGUACGAUCAUAUACUGUAAUUUACAUCCAAAUUACUUUUUUUUUUUUUCAAGUCAGAGAGAGAUAGAGGUGUGUUGCUUUCCAUCACAGAUUGCUAACUUUGGUUUUGUCAGAUUUUGCCAAAAAUCACCACUUGCAUGAGGGAAAUUAUCCCCUGCUUUCUCUUGUGUAUAUAUGUUCUGAUUGCAGUGAAUUUAAAAGGGACAUUACAGACCCUCUAAAGCUGAAGUAUGAUGUGCGAAGAUUGUGUUCUCCUAUUCACAGCAACUAUAUGUGCGUCCGUCACACAGACCUAGUAACAUUCAGUCAAAUGUUGCCAAAGCCCUAUAGGAAAGUAUUGACUCCACAGUUUCCUGUGGGGAAUUAAAAUUUUUUAAUUAAAUGUUUUUUGGUUUUUUUUUGUGAAUAAGAUUUUUAUUUAUCGUAAAGGCAAGCAUUUGAGGUAACACACAUGGACACGCAGGUCCAAAUCGGCAAAUAUUCAUAAGUCGCGUAGGACCAACAUAACCAACUUGUCAGGACGCGCAGGUCCCUAGUGAAAGAUUUAAGAAUGUCUUGUAUAGUGUAAUACUUCGUGUCAUCCUUCCAUGUUUCAGGUGUGAAGUUGUACUGGUUAGAGAUAAGCUUAACUAGUUUAAGCGCCCCACCCUCCCCCUUAUCCCCUCGCCACUCCAUCCUGAGCUGGUACGGACAUGUCGUUAUUCCCCCCAUUGGACACGCUUAAGAGGGGUUCGAGGAUCAUACCGUGGUCAGCAACAAUACCCUCUCAAGGGAAGUGUCCUGUGGGGAAUUAUGAAUGCACGCGUGCUGUUUGCAAGUUUAUUUAUUUUACUCUGGGUGGGGAACCUAUUUAGAGCUAUAGAGAGGGACACUAUAGCGUUGGUAAUACAAAUUUGAUUUCCUUUAUGCUAUAGUGUUCCUUUAACCUUGCUACACCCUCCUGGUUGUCAGCCACCCUUUUUUUGUUACUUCCUGGUAGUUUAACUCAGUGGAGCUAAACUCAAGAGGCCGCAAUUGAGCACCUGCCUUGCAAAGACUUCUCAUUAAGCUGCAUUGGGAAGUCUGUGAUUGGACAGCCACAGAAAGUCUGGGUGGGGUUAGAAGGGGAAGGCUUUUUUUUAUUUUUUUGUUUUUUUUUACAUCUACCCAAAUAAAAACAUGCAUAAUUAACUGAAUUAUUAUUGAAGCAUUUUUCAUGGAGGGUAUAGCUACUAACCAGUGAUUUUGUAUUUGGGCAGUGGAGUGUUCCUACCCAGAAUACAUACGUUUGUAGAUUGUAUAUUUAUGAAAAUGCAGCUUUAAAUUUGCUGCCAGUUUGAAUAUUCACAUCUUCCUACUCUGCUUUUCCACAAUUCCUUUCUCUCUCUCAGAAAAAAAAUAAUGGCAGUGCUGCAAUUUGGAGUCCUUGUGGCUUAAAAGACCACUCCACACCCAAAAAGGACUUCAGCUUGCUACCAUUAAAAAGACACUUUUUGUUAAAUAAUGAGCCAUGGACAGUUUUUAGUCAGUAGCCCUGUUGAUAAUCAGUGUUUCUAUACUUCUAUUUUACAUGCAUUUUUACUUUUUAUACAUAUUGUAUUUUUUUAUUUUUUUUUAUCGUUCUUGUGUUCCUCAGCCUCGAUUUGCUAUAAUCGUGUCGUGUGGAUUCGUUCUUGUUGCGUUCUCUUUGUGGCUGAUGAUCAAUGUGAAUAUGAUGCCGUUCCGUGUUUCGGGGGCUCUGGAGGAACAGCAGUUACAGUAUAAAAGGCUGAUCCGCUGUAUCUCCCUACUGACAUUUGAUCUGCAAGCUCAGGUACAGUAAAAAGCACGUUUUUAUUGUAUUAUUCCUUUUGCAAAUAGGAGGUUGCUCAUAGUAGAAAUUAGCUUUGAAAUCCUGUAAAACCACCUGAUAUUUAUUAUGGCUGAAAUAGCCUGCAGCCCUCCAGCUCUUGGGUACUACAAAAUCCCAUCAUGCUCUUCAAUUGCAAGCAUUGUAACCAUUUUACGGAGCUCUGUUGAGUUUUUGAUUUAAAGAAUAUUUAAUAAUUCUGUUUAUUGUUGAUUAGUAACUAUAAUCCAUAUGGUUAUUUUAAACAUGCACACCACUAAAUCAUUUUUACUGCGGGAUUUUAAUUAUUUUAUUUUUUAAAUUCUUUAUUUUUUCUUCUUGACAAAGAUAGCGAUAUAACAUUCGCAAAAAGGCUUGGGCAAAAGCCUAAUAAUUUGCAACAUAUACACACUGUUACACAAAUGAAACCAUUAGGCGUUACAUAUUUUACACUAGUGGUUAACUUUUUCUGCUACCCGUGAAGGGUAUUUCUUCUUUUUUGAGAUUCUUACUUGGCUAAUUCAUGCGUAAUCAUCAGUUGAGAGAUUGGACAUUUUAUUCAGUAAGUCACACACAUUACAGAGGACAGGGAGAGAGGGUACAUGCAGAUAGCAGGGUUUUGUUAGGUAGUUGUCCCCUCAACAGUUGGCCACCUAUCAAUAAGGCGUGUAGAUUUCGCAAGAUAUGGUCACUAGGAGCGACGUGAUCAUGCAAGAUCCGUCCUCCGGCUUGUGUGUGCCCCACAAUUCCAGGUCUCUGUUUGUUCCAGUACAUGUACAACCCCGAUUUUUCUGUGCGCUUAGUAUGCACGAACGAUUAUGUUUUGGAGUAUCUCCGCAGUAAAGGAAGAGUGAGAAAGAGAGGAGAUGGGGAAAGAGCAGAGGAGGGAUAGAGGUGGAGAGCAAGGAGGGGAGGAUAAGGAUAGCUUACCACAGCCAGGGGGAUGAGAGGCUAUAUUUUCAAAUCUCUGGUUUACUCAGCGGUUAGCAUAGUCUUCCCACGGUUCCCAGAUUUUGAGGAAGAGUGGGUAUGUGUCUUGCACCUGUGCUGUUAGUUUGUCCAUAAGGUGUGCCUCCUUAAUGUUGCGUGUCACCCUGUCCAUUUGUGGCAUGUCAACUUGGAGCCAUGUUUGUGUGAGUGCUCUCCUAGCUGCUAGGUUGAUUUGAUUUAGGAGUUUUUGCUCUCUGUUAAGUAGGUUGUCGAGUGGUUUAGCUAUAAGAAAAGUCCAUGGGUCUGGCUCUAUUGGUCUGUUCAGGAUCUCUGUCAUGAGUCUAGCUAUGUUAUCCCAGUACCGUACUACUUUUGCACAUGUCCACCACAUGUGCAAGUAUGUUCCCUUUUCACCACAUCCUCUCCAGCAUGUGUCAGAGGGUGUUUUUCCCAUUCUACAAAGUUUGACUGGUGUGGUGUACCAGCGCAUGAGUGUUUUGUAGCAUUGUUCCUGGUGUAGGACACAAAUGGAAGCCUUUGUCGUCGCCUCCCAGAUGUCCUGCCAUUCCCCACUCUCUAAGAUCUGGUGGAGUUCUGUCUCCCAUUGUGAGACAUAGGUAGGUGUUUGAGCCUCACUAGUCGAUGCACUCAGUUGUGUGUACAAGAGGGUGAUGAGGCCGGCACGUGGUCCGUCUGACAUACACAGUGUCUUGUAGAAGGUGGGUUUGACCUUGGCCGCCGCUCCAACAGAGGGGCCCCUGGCGAAGUCCCUAAGUUGGAGGUACCGAAAGUCGUCCCUAGUGGUCAGUGGGGCCAGGGUUUUUAGGUCAUCAAAGGUUCAGAAUAGGUGGUAAUUGCGGAAUAGGUGGUAAUUGCAUUGGAUCCCCGUGUCUUCCAGACCCCUAAAGUCUCUGGGACAUAAGCCGGGCGGGAAAGCUUUGUUGCGGAGUUAUGGGGUUAGUGGCGAAGUCGGGUGCGUAAGUGCAUAUUAACACGCUGUAAUGUCCCAGAUCCUGAUUGAGUUUAGGAUUGCAGGGCAUGUGGUGUGGAGCUCAGGUCUGUCGGUCUUUGGUACCCAGAUCCAGAACUGUGGGAGGUCGGUGCUCAUGAGAAGUGUUUCUAGAUCAACCGUCUGUGGGUAUCUGGUGGCGAGUGCCAUUCAACUAUUUGUGCCAGCUGGACCGACAGGUAAUAGAGGUGGAUGUGGGGAAGGCCAAGUCCUCCCCUGCUUUUUGGUGUGUAUAGGGUUUGUCUUGCUAUCUUGUGCUAUCCUUUUUUUUGCCCAUAUGAAGUUGUCUGUUGCUGUCUGCAAUGGUUUUUGGUCACCUUUGGUUACCCGAACCAGGAGUGCCUGGAAAAGGAACAAGAGGUGCGGUAACAGGUUCAUUUUGAUAGUGUGCAGCCUUCCUAUCCAUGAGAUGGGUUUCUCAUCCCACCUGUCAAGGUCCAUGAGUAGGGUGUGGAUCAGACAUUGAUGGUUUUCUGUGUAUAGGUCGACAUGGUUUGGGGUCAGCUUGACACCCAAGUAUUUAAUGGGCUGCGGACUGAUUUUUAAAUCUGCCGUUUUGUUUUAGCGUUUGGACGUCUGUGUCUGGGAUGCUGAGGGGCAUGCCAACUGACUUAUCUAGGUUUAUUUUAUAUCCCGAUACUACGUGUUAGGUUCCCAGUAGGUCUAGGAGGUAGGGGAUUGAGUCUCUCAGGUCAGUGAGAGUGAGCAGUAUAUCGUCCGCGUAAGACUUUAAAUACUUCCUCUGCCAUCCUUAUCCCCUUUAUGUUCGGGUUGACUCUUAAGUGCAGUAAGGGUUCUAGGGCUAUAAUGAACAAGAGAGGGGACAGAGGGCAGCCUUGGCGGGUGCCAUUCUUUGGCUCAAAAGGGAGCGGGGAUGCUCACGGCACCAUCGUUUGGGCUCUGGGAGUGGUGUAGAGGGCUUGGACUGCUGUGAAAAAUGUGGGAGGAAAGUGCAUCGCUGUGAGCAGCGCGAAUAGGUAGUGCCAUUCAAUUCUGUCAAACGCCUUUUCCGCGUCCAAGGAGAGGAUCAGAGAAGGCGUUUGCGUCCUACCUGCCCACCAAAUCAGAUCGGCUGCUCGUCCAGUGUCCAUCUUUGUUCAUCACCUGGCUAGAUUUGACAUGGUGUUGCUUUCUGGUUUCCCUUAACGUUCCUGACUCUGAGUUUGACUUGACUAGUUUGUGAGUUUGUACCGGACCAAAGUUGUCCCGACUUUGCUUUCAAUUAUUUAUGGCCUGUAUAUUUAAUUUAUUUAUAUAUAUAUUAUUGUAAAUUUAUUUUUUUUUAAUUUUUUUUUACUAUAAGCACUGAUGAUUCCAAUUUCAAGGUCAGGUGUGACACUUGUUGAUUAUUUUAGAUUAUGUCAACUGUACUUUUAUUUUCUCACUAGUGGAUUAAGUUAUAAAAUAUAGCUUAGCUACCUACUCACAUCUGCCACCCUCUCUUUCACUUGUGGGUUGUUGGGUUUUUAAAAAAAAAAAAAAAAAUUAUUUCCCCAUUGUUUUUGUCCUUUCAAGUCUACCUAAUAAAAUUAGAACACUUUUUAUUACACUUUUAAAACUUUUUUUUUAUUAUUAUUUAUUUAUUUGUGUAUAUCUGUCCGGUAAUGUGUGAAUUGAGUUCUUUAGGGCCGAUCAUGUUUUUUAACUUAGUUAUUGCCCUAACUUAACCUGUAGAUUAAAGCUGUCACCACAGAGCAUCAGUCUCCUCAGUUGUUCCAUCUGACCGGUGCAUUUGUACUAAGCAUACUUUCAAUUAUGUUAAUUCUAGAUCUGCUUUUUUUUCCCUGUUGUGUGUGUGUGUGUGUGUGUGUGUGUGUGUGUUUUUUUUUGUUAUUUUUUAAGCUAAUGGUCUAAUAUUUUAUCACUCAUUUCCCUCAAGAACUGACGUAAAUUGCUUUUGUCCACAUCCUGAUAUCCAGUAAAUAAGCAAUGCUUUUAUCACAUUAGUAAAGUGAUCCUAAGUUUAUCAAAUCCUUAUGCCCUCCGUAAUCUGUGUAUAUCGCUAGCAAUCAAUGUAAGUACAUAUCUGCCUCUGGGGUGCCGUGAGACCGUAAAGGUUGUAUCAGGUCGAGCCUUGUGUAGAAAGAAAACUUUUCUUCAACACCAUUACAGACAAUCUAGAGAUGAUGCAAUUGAGUUUCUGAGAUAAACUAGCUAGGAUAAUACGGAAAGGAUUUGCGCUGCCUUGAAUUGGCUGCAGAUCUUCAUAUUUAAUAGCAAUCUAUGGCAUUCUGUCCUAUUAAUAAUGCAGUUUAAUGUUUCACGCAUGGUAGUUGGCUGGCUCAAGACCCUGAAUAUUUUUAGUUGCAUACAGAUGUGGUCUGUGCAUAUCCUUCACUUCUAAAUUUACUUUAUUUAAAGGGACAUUUUAAGCCAAUAGCUACAGCAGCUUAUUGUAGCGUUUAUGGUGCAGCUAGUCUUUGGGGGCAGUCUUAUUGGGGCUCCCCAAAACCCAGUCCCUUGAGGCAGUCAGAAAAAUGCAAACACCUGCUCCCCCCAUCUGGCUUGCAUUUACAUUAUUAAUACAAUUGUGAAUAGCCGUGAUCAUCUGCAAAUACUGGUUUAAGCCACCCUUGGCAUUCAAAUUGUGAGUCCAAACGUAGAGAGAGAGAUAGAUAUAUAUAUGUAAUUUUUUUUAAAUUUUUUUUUUUUUAAUUAAGUACAUAAUCUUGGUAGGCACAAAGGUGUGGAUGCUGGGAGAGUCCAGCAUACUUGAAAGCUCUUUGCACCAUAACCACUACAACAAUCUGUUGUGUUUAUGGUGUUUUAGAGUUUCCCCUUAUUAGUUUUGCAGAAGCAGAAAUGUUUACAGUGUUAAUACACCUCUAGUGAGUUUCUUCUAAACAGCCGCUGGAGGCUUUUCUGGGUUGAAAAAUAAGUCCUUCUCUGCUCUCAAAUAAAGGCAGCAUUUUAUUGGCGCAGUGUGGCGAUCGGCUUCCCUGGGGAAGCACUGGAUUGGCUGAGAUAUUAAAGAUUGAUAAUCUUUGCCAAUGAGGCAGGGCAGACAUGGGGAGAGCUGUGCAGCGAGCGAGAAAAGGUAAGCCCUCUUAAACACCUACAGGAUACUAUUCAAUACUUCAUUCAUCUCGCAGUUACAUUUUCUCUCAUUUUUAUCUCAACAGCUGUGCCUUUCAGUGCUGGUUUUAUUUUCUGGCGUCUAUAAAAUCAACCUGCUUCACAGCGUCUUACUGAGCAUUGGACUGAUCUGGGCCUGUAUCAAGGUUUCUGUUGGUAUCAUUGGUGUAAGUGUGUCAGUUUAAUUGCGUUCUAUUCAGAAUGUCGUGUAAAACGUUUUCUGUUCUGUACUGAAACAAAAAGGUUUCUAUGAUAAAGGCACUUCCUACUACACAAAUAAAAUGUAUAUACAUUUAAAAAAUUUUUUUUUUUUAUUAAUGAAACAAACCAAAUUAAAUUGGCAGCUCACCACACAAAGUGUAUCCUUCAAUAUCCUUUUUAAAGAAACAACAAAAAACAAAGGAUUGGUGAAGUGCUUAUAAAAGUGUUUCUCUCACGAAUACUCUGUGGAAAAAAUAUUCACACCACGCUAAAAUGGGGGGGAAAAAUCACUAUCAGACACAAAAUAUCUGCCGAAUAUACUUGCCUACCCAUUGGGAGGAGUGGGGUAGGUGUGACUUUUAAGUUGCUGUUAUAGAACAAGCUUUUAGUUCUCAUUCUCGCAUUAUAUGCAGUAUAAUGUAAAGAGGAACUUCUCAUUUACAUCUUGUCCAACUUCAGUGGAUGAGUGUCAGCAAAUUUAUAAUGUCCAACUGAGGAUAACCCUCAAAAACCACUAAACCCCUUGUCAUACAAUCCCUGAAAACCCCUUGUCACAACCUUCCCCCUCUCUGUAGGGGGGGGGAGGAGUGUGUGUGUGUGUGUGUGUGUGUGUGUGUCUGCCAGUACAUUGUAUUGACCUCUCUGUCUCUCAAUCUACAAUGUAGUGCUCAUUUACAUCCGGGUGUAAUGUUUUGGGCUACCACAUGAGGGCGGAAGUGUUGUGCAGUAUCUCCGGUUUACAAGGCCUUGCAGACAGAAGAACUUUUUUUUAAAAUGAAUUUAUUUUUAUUCAAUUAUAGAGCUAGGUUUAUUUGUGAGUACGGGACUGUGUAGCUAAUGAAUGUAUUGCUUACAAUUUAAAGAGUAAACCUAUCAGAAGUGUUGCCUGGAUAACAGAAUAACAUUCCAUGGGAGGCACAGUGGAUGCAAGUGCGCAAUAAAAGUCUGCACAACAUGAUACAUUUGAAGGUCUUAGUAAAUAUAAUUGCAGUAGAAAAAUAAAUAAUAAUAAAAAUAUAUAUAUAAUUACAAAAUUCAAAAAUAGUUCAUAAUAAUACUAUGGUUCUUGAAACAGAUUAAACUUUUAAAAGAACAAACAUACUAAAUCUAACCGGCUUUGGACAUUUCUCCUCAAUUUUCAGACGGAGCACUUUUUCUUUUUUUCUUCUCCCAGGUCUAACAGCAUUAUUUACUAAAGUAAGAUUUCAAAGUGAAUUUCAGACUUCAGGCCAGAGUAGCUGAAUGGAAAGCAUAGCUGGUUUAGAGAAUUUUUCCAGUUUGGCUGUCUAGACCUUAAAUUUGAAAUUAACUCUGAAUUUUCACUUUAGUGAAUAACGUGGUAAGGAGAAUGCGGAGACGUUCACUGGACUAUACAGACUUGUUCACAGAGGAACAAACUUCAGGUCUACAAGUGCAAAACUUGGCAAACCCCUGAAUCUGCCAAGCAUUUGAAACAAUCAGAUGUCUCUGUAUAAUUCUUUUCAGUGUUCUUUACUUGUUCCUUGUAUGUUCUCAUUGUGCUACUUGGAAUCCUGACGCACUCGUUCUGCUAAAACAAAAUGUGUACAAGUAGUGUUUCUGGAUUUUUUAUUUUUAUUUUUUUAAACGUUUAUUAAUGAUGGCACUAACUAUGGCUGAUUUUAAUUUACAGAUUUUAAGAGAGAUUAAAUGUCUCGUAUGGAUCUUUCUGCUGCAAAAUAUACCAGAACUGGCUUAUCUGUGCUAUCUGCUCUACAAGGUAAAGGGUUAAAUUGCGUGACUUGCAGGAUAAAUUUCAUGAUUUUUUUUUUUAUCUAUUUAUCAUGGUGAAUUAUUAAGCAGUAGGUCCAUUCAAUAUGAUGUUGUCCACAUUACACUGUAUGUACAUCAUGUUGCCCCAUUUGGUCUGUGUUCCUCUUUUGUGGCCCUGUAUCUCUCCUGUGGUCCCUCUUGAAUGGGUGUAUUUAAUUUAUCGUUUCUGGGGAUUUGAAGGGGGGAAUUAUCCUAAAAGGGAUUAAAAUAUUUGGUGAGUAAAUGUAAUUACACGGGGGUAGGGAUUUUAGAUAAAAAAAAAAAGAUAUAUUUUUUGCUGUUUAGUGGAUAGGUGAGUGCGCUGGAUCUUGUGUUUUGUAUUAUUUUGCCCCCAGCAGCACCCCCAUUUAUGCAUGUUCAGGUGAGUGCAGCCAAUGUAUUACCACAAUGUAGUGGUAUGGCCAGAUCGUGGGCCUUUAAAACAAGAACCUACCCGACACUCUGCAGAGGGUAUAUUUAAACGAAAAAGAUGACGGUUAUUAUCCGUUGGACGGUAGCUUUUACAAGCACGCAAGCCGUCAUCUUUUUCGUUUAAAUAUACCCUCUGCAGAGUGUCGGGUAGGUUCUUGUUUUAAAGGCCCACGAUCUGGCCAUACCACUACAUUUCAGUCAGACGUUUAUAUAUCAAAUCUCAUGUCCACAGGUAAACAUCUCGAGACUCUUACAGUCGCUGGUUACUUCUACCUUGACAGCUCAGCCUGACUCACAUAUCAGGUACUACGCCAGAACCCAUUACUUUCCGUGUUCUGAGGGGUACUGAUCCUAGGUUACGUGACCCAAUUAGGAAAAAAAUUCUGGUCUUAAUCCAUAGGCUAGUGGUCCUGCGAGACCAACACCCCCAUGCUCAUAGUCUGAGGAAUACACCCCUCGGGCCAAAUCAAUCAAAGCUAGCCGUCUUGCAUGGUUGCAUAGAGAGGGCCUCACUUAGCACUCCCAUUCUAUCUUAUGCUUUAAACUGCCACCGAGAGGCCAACACCCCGCCACAACGUUCGGUGGCCUCAUACGUUCCCCUCGGGCCCACGCAUAGGUAGCGCCUCUCAAGCCGCUUGGCAAUUAGCAGGGACUCAUCUGUCACUAUCAUGAAGUGUAAUCGUUGCGGCAGCCAUUGCUUGGGGACCAUAUUGGUCUGGCCACGCGGUCAGGUGCUACUCAGAUAAUAUGGCUACAUGCCAUAUUGUCAAUAAAGGCCGAUCGGCAUCACUGGUCAUUAUGAGACUACUAAGGCGUCUCACAUGGGUAGCGGCCACGUGUCAAUUCUUUAUAACAUGCAUACACAUUCCGGGGUACACAAACACUUCUGCUGAUCACUUGUCUCGGUUUCGUUUCCAGGCUUUCCUCUCGACACUACCCAACGCUUCCAGACGAGCGACACCUGCACCUCUAUUCCAAGAUAUGAUAAUGGAUUAAAGACCUUGUUAGAUCACGCACGUCACAUUUCUCAUAUAGCACUCUCCGUAAACACUAGGGACACUUAUGAUAGGGCUUUUCAAGUAUUCAAAAUAUUUAUCACAGAGUUUCACGUUCACGACAUGUUUGCGUUAGAAACGAUUUUGGGUUUUACUUCUUUUUGCCACAUUAACCUUAAACUAUCCUUUAAUACUAUUAAACUAUACCUUACCGGCAUCCAGCACCAUAUGCUUAUCCAACAACCUAGCACUACGGGUUUUUUGACAUCAUAUCAAAUAAUAACAUUACUUAGAGGCAUUAAAAAAUUAGAUACACAUGUUCCCUCACAAAGACUACCCAUAGACAACAACAUAUUCCACUCUCUAUCCAACCUAUUAGAUUCAUCUCCUUUUGAACCCAUGACCAAUAACACAAUCAAAACAGCCCUAUAUCUCGCUUUUUACGGGUUCUUACGGCCCAGUGAAUUUACAACCACGACCAUCACCGCACAUGACUACCUUAGAACUAAUGAUUUACAAAAAAAUACCGACCAUUACAUUCUCUCUAAGACAAUAAAAAACCAGCACCGAAGGACACAUUAUUCAAAUUCCUCUGUACCCUACUCACAAUAUAUGGUGCCCAGUAAAAGUUUUGGACACUUAUUCACUUAUUCAGUCCAAAAACAACCCCAACAGCCUUUGUUUGAACUGCAUUGACACACUCUGACCACAGCUAAAUUCAUGCUAUACAUACGACUACUGUUGACCAGGAUCGGCCUAAACCCCAAUCAACCACCACUCCCUCUAUUCAUAACACCCUCUAAGGUGGUCCCACUUUUAUUACAGGCCUACUGCUUUGUUGGUUCCGGCACACCACAACAAACUGGUGCUAACUUAUGGAUAUUAUGAUUAUAUUAUGCUAAGAUUUCUCUGUUCGGCCAUAUUGCCCCGACUACAAAUAUAUAUAUACAGUUGCAAGAAAAAGUAUGUGAACCCUUUGGAAUGAUAUGGAUUUCUGCACACAUCUAAGUCACAACAAUAGACAAUCACAGUCUGCUUAAACUAAUAACACACAAAGAAUGAAAUGUUGCCAUGUUUUUAUUGAACACACCAUGUAAACAUUCACAGUGCAGGUGGAAAAAGUAUGUGAACCCUUGGAUUUAAUAACUGGUUGAACCUCCUUUGGCAGCAAUAACUUCAACCAAACGUUUCCUGUAGUUGCAGAUCAGACGUGCACAACGGUCAGGAGUAAUUCUUGACCAUUCCUCUUUACAGAACUGUUUCAGUUCAGCAAUAUUCUUGGGAUGUCUGGUGUGAAUCGCUUUCUUGAGGUCAUGCCACAGCAUCUCAAUCGGGUUGAGGUCAGGACUCUGGGCCACUUCAGAAGGCGUAUUUUCUUUUGUUUAAGCCAUUCUGUUGUGGAUUUACUUCUAUGCUUUGGGUCAUUGUCCUGUUUCAACACCCAUCUUCUAUUGAGCUUUAGCUGGUAGACAGAUGGCCUUAAGUUCUCCUGCAAAAUGUCUUGAUAAACUUGGGAAUUAAUUUUUUCUUCGAUGAUAGCAAUCCGUCCAGGCCCUGACGCAGCAAAGCAGCCCCAAACCAUGAUGCCCCCACCACCAUACUUCACAGUUGGGAUGAGGUUUUGAUGUUGGUGUGCUGUGCCUUUUUUUUGCCACACAUAGUGUUGUGUGUUUCUUCCAAACAACUCAACUUUGGUUUCAUCUGUCCACAGAAUAUUUUGCCAGUACUGCUGUGGAACAUUCCGGUGCUCUUGUGCAAACUGUAAACGUGCAGCAAUGUUUUGUUUGGACAGCAGUGGCUUCCUCUGUGGUAUCCUCCCAUGAAAUCCAUUAUUGUUUAGUGUUUUACGUAUUGUAGAUUCGCUAACAGGGAUGUUAGCAUUUGCCAGUGACUUUUGUAAGUCUUUAGCUGACACUCUAGGAUUCUUCUUCACCUCAUUGAGCAGUCUGUGCUGUGCUCUUGCAGUCAUCUUUACAGGACGGCCACUUCUAGGGAGAGUAGCAGCAGUGCUGAACUUUCUCCAUUUAUAGACAAUUUGUCUUACCAUGGACUGAUGAACAGCAAGGCUUUUGGAGAUACUGUUAUAACCCUUUCAAGCUUUAUGCAAGUCAACAAUUCUUAAUCGUAGGUCUUCUGAGAGCUCUUUUGUGCGAGGCAUCAUUCACAUCAGGCAAUGCUUCUUGGGAAAAGCAAACCCAGAACUGGUGUGUGUUUUUUAUAGGGCAGGGCAGCUGUAACCAACACCUCCAAUCUCAUCUCAUCUCAUCUCAUUGAUUGGACUCCAGUUGGCUGACCUCUCACUCCAAUUAGCUCUUAGAGAUGUUAUUAGUCUAGGGGUUCACAUACUUUUUCCACCUGCACUGUGAAUGUUUUUUGCAAUGGCCAUUAAAGUGUAAACUCAUAUGCCACAUUAAAGCAAACACCUUAGGUGAGUCUUACACUAACAAUGCACCUCGCUGUGUUCAGCUAAAAGGUAAAAUCGCUAAAGAGACUAAAGUGGUAUUUUUAUGAACUGCUACACACUUAUUAACCCUUCAUAUGAUACAAAUGUGGUGGGCGACUGUAAUGUGUGAUACAAACACACAAAAUGAAACCCUUAGCUUAGACUCCCACUACUACUACCCAAAUACAUAGAACUAAAUCAAGUAAAGCUACUGUUAUUUAAAUGUGCUUUAAGAUUUAGGCUAGUGUGUUUUUCUCCUGUGUGUGGCUUUGUGUUUAUUAUUUAAUUUUUUUUUUUUAAUGUAUUUGGCCCAUAAAGGAUUGAGACUCUGGCCAAAAGAAAUUGACUUUAUAUUGUCUACUUGUACUGUUCACAACAUGCUUUGUACUAACUGUCAGAAGGCAAAUAUCUGGAGUCGUUGAAGACAGAAGAAAGUAGCCCAUAGCUGUUUUUUUUAUCUUGUUAAUAAUAACAGUGUGCCUCUGAAUGCUAGGACCCCAUAUACCUGAUUAGUCACAGCUCUGCGGGUUUUCACAUUUGUAGAGAUAAUGACCUAGCUUGUGUUUUUCUCCCAUUAGCUGUCCGUAGAUUGGGGCAGUGGGGAAUCGUACACUCUGGAAGCUACAGCAGUGGUUGGCUCCAUUAUGUCGGUGACUAUUAAAGUUGUCUUAUCCUGGCACCUGUACCAUGUCUACCGCAGCUUUGGCCAAGGACUGAGGGAGAGAAGUAAGUGCAUGAACAAUGCAAUAUUUAAUUAUGUGGACUUUAUGGUGGGUUUGUUAAAUGCACAACUCACACUGACAAUUACCCUUGUACUGUUCUCCGUCCAAUGAGAAUGGAGAUUAAAAAAUAAAUAUAUCAUUUUUUUUUUUUUUUUUAAAUCUAUCUAUCUUCAGGUACAAUGGUUAAAGGGAAACUCCAGUGCCAGGAAAACAAGCCGUUUUCCUGGCACUGCAGGUCCUCUCUCACUCCCACCUCCCAAUCCCCGGUAGCUGAAGGGGUGAAAACCCCUUCAGGUCACUUACCUGAGACCUCCGCUGAUGUCCCUCGGCGGUGGUUUCAGGUCGCGGCCGCUGCUCCUCUUCCUUACGUCAGCCGUUGGGAGAGACUAAUCCCGCCUGCCGGCUGAGGAAACCAAUGCCGCGCAUGCGCAUUAGGGCUCUCCAUAGGAAAGCAUUGAAAAUGCUUUUCAGUGCUUUCCUAUAGGGAAUUUAGCGACUCUGGAGGUCCUCACACAGCAUGAGGACGUCAAGCGACACUCUAGCACAUAUUUUCUGUGCUAUAAUCCAGGAGGUGCCCUCUAGUGGCUGUCUGGUAGACAGCCACUAGAGGAGGAGUUAACCCUGCAAUGUAAUUAUUGCAGUUUAUGGAAAAACUGCAAUAAUUACACUUGCAGGGUUAAGGGUAGUGGGAGUUGGCACCCAGACCACUCCAAUGGGCAGAAGUGCUCUGGGUGCCAACAGGCAGUUUAAAAUUUAAAUCGUUAAGGAGGAAAAAUACGAGUUAUUUAUUCAUUUUAAUAUUCAACGGUGCAAGCCAGGAUACCAGUGCAUCCCUAUAGCGUUAUAAAUCCGCAAUCUACCAAAAGCACAAUGGGGAAGAUGGUAUUACCAGAUCUAAGGGUGGCCGGACUUAGUUCUUGGGAUGGAAAUGAAAUCUGAACCUAAACUAAAUCUAAUGCAAACUGGGCCAGGAAAAGAAGCCAAACAUAUAGGGGACACGCCAUACACUGAGUCAGGGAUGGCGCCAAGUCUGGUACACUAUAACUAGAAAUGAACAAACUCAGGGUCAAGGUUGUAGCCAAUAAGUAAUCGGAAAUUAGGAAAAGUACUAACAAGCUCGUAAAGGGCUUAGAGAAGCCACAAAAUGGUUCAGAUCCAAAGAUCACUGGAAUUUAUAGUUUUGUCAUUUUCGCAUGCGCACUGCAUCAGUAAAGACGCCAACACCCAUAAAGUGGUAAAACGCUCGAAGAUCACUUCUUUUGUCACUUUACGUUUGUUUGAUCCAGAAUGACGUGACCUAGUAAAAGUUUUGCAAUGUCUCAAACUGCUUUGAUUGUGGUCAGAUUGACAAAGCUGCAUCAAUAUUAGAGCUAGGUCAUUGGAUCGACACCAGUGCGCCAGAAUGGGUGAGUCUCCUUACAAUGCCAUUUUUUUACAUAUUUUUUUUCCUCGAUUUACAUUUAUUAAAUUCUAUCACCACGUAUCCUGACCACCGCUCCAAACGUGCUCCAGAAUAAAUCUUAAUUUGCAAACAAAAUACACAAAUGUCUUCUUGGCUAGUAAAUCCUUUUGCCUUGAUCUACAGGGUCACUUUUGGUUUGUUCUUUGCUGUAAAUGUUGUACCACAAUGGAAUUAAGAAGGCGUCCUGCUUAUCUUGCCAUUAAAAAUGUAUUGCACUAGGAAGAUGUUCUGCCAUAGAUUCAGAAGUCUUUACUUGAUACUCAUGGACACGCGGGUUGGAAAGGCAGGAGCUGUUUAUCAGUUGAAUUCUGACCUAUUAAAUUUGGUCUGGAGACAGACCUCUGUGGAUCAGGAGAGAUAUGCUCGUUCCGGGCUAUUGUACCAGAAGUUAUGUUCUCAGAUCUUGAAUGUUUGGUAGGGUGGGGGAGACACUUUUGUAGCAGAUAGGAUGGGUGGUCUCCUGGAGGUUUGAAAUUUCUUGAGCAUAAGCUUUACGAAUAUAGUUCUCCUGUUGUUGUUGUGUGUUUGUUUGUUUUUUGUGUGUGUUGGUUUUUUUUUUUUUGGUUUUUUUUUGGGGGUGGAAGGGGGUGGGUUCAGGCAAAUCAUCUUCUUGCCACUCAUUAUUUUAUUUUUUUUUCUCUUAUCUAGUGUUUUCGUCUUAUGAUCAAAUCGAUUCCUGAAAAGCAUUUUGUGAAACCCAUCACAUUUGCUUUGCUUCAUCAUUUUCUCCAUGAAAUAGACUCUCUGGCCAAUGUCUACACUAACACAAGUGGUAAGAAAUAGCGGUCACUGCACUCCAGAAUCCUGCACCAAGAACCAAAAGGGAAUAUUAUGGAUGUAUAAUCAAAGAAUUCUUUGCUCACAAGUACACUUUAUAUUUUGUUGAUGACAAAAGCCUGCACAAAUGUGUAUAAUAAAAUACAAACCAAGAUGUAUAGUUUUGAUAAAACGUAGCCCUUGUACUUUAAGGACUCUCCCACAUAGACAUUGGAUGCACUGGGUAAUGGCAAACAGACACUGGUUCUCUGGACAUGCGCCGACCAUUCUCUAUCUGUCCUACACUGGAUAUGUCUCCCCAACUGCUGUAUGAAUGUGUUGGGUAAUUCAAGCUUGUAUUUAUUCAUAAAACACUCAUUUCAAUGUGCCAAUGGAAGGUUUUUGACAUUUCGUCUUGCGACACCCUUGACGUUUUGUAGUUUUUGGGUUUGUUUGUUUUUUGCCAGAUAUACAGACCGAUCCAAUUUAAACCUAUACCAUAUAUUCUGUAUAUAAAUAACAAUUUAUUUUCUGAUCAUCAGUUUCCAGCAUGAAUUGUAUUAGUAUACUUUUCAGGAUUAUAAAAGAUUUAACAUUGGAAAUUGGAUAUAUUUCAAUUUAUUUUGGAUUCAUAAUCCCAGUUCUACCACAAGGAAGUAGAGUAUAGACCAGGCAUAGGCAACCUUCGGCACUCCAGAUGUUUUGGACUACACCUCCCAUGAGGCUUUGCAAACAUUGGGUGUAAGAGCAUUAUGGGAGAUGUAGUCCAAAACAUCUGGAGUGCCGAAGGUUGCCAACCCCUGGUAUAGACCGUAAGUGUCCAAAAGGUAGCUCCCCAGAUGUUUUACAACUACAGCUUGUAUGAUGAUGAGACAUUACAGAGAUUGUCAAUGCUUCAAAUAUGUUCAUAAAACUUCUGUAGAUCUAUCCUAGGGGAGCUCUGGAAUCGAGUGAACUGUGGCUCUCAUGCUCACUCUUCCAGUGUGCUGGUAUGCACGAAUGUCUUAUUUACUAAAUAGUGAAUUGAAAAAUAAAUUGGACAAUUUAGGCUAAAUUGACUGAUUUUGAGAAAGCAUUCUAACCAAGCUAUAGUAAAAAUGUCUAAACAUAAAAUGUUGUAACAUAACUCUAGAAUCUGGCAUUUUGUCAAAACAGUAAUUGUUUAUAAAUUGCUGUUCAGGGAAGCUUAAAAAGAUUACCAACAUUUAAAUACAUUUUAUUUAUUUUUUUUGCUGAAGGAAGGACAAAAUGUGGGAUAAAGUCUAACAAAUGUUUUAAUACAAUGCAAAAGCAAUUCUGUGACAUGUAUACAUGUUGUUUAAAUGCCCACACAGUGUUUGGAAACUCCUACAAACCAAUUAGAUGUAGAUCUUAAAUGGUUACAGUUGGCAACUCUAAUUUGCUGCCAUAAUAUUUUCAUUUGUAUGUCAAACCCUGUACCAAUGCUUCACCAUGUGUCUUUUUUUAUUUUUUAAAACAAAGCCAUAUUUUCUAUGGGGUGUCUAUCAAUGCAUCCUAGAAAUUGCCAAACAUUAACCUGUUGCCAAGCAAGCCUGAUCAUUGGCUUGCAUUUCAGUCUAUAGAGGCAUUGAAACACUCCUUGGAAUAUUUACCCCAGUAGUUGACUCUCCAAAAAAGUGUUGUAAAUUUUUUUCCCACUUUCUUCAUAUAUCACAAAACUCUCUUACUGGAAAAGGAAGUUAUCUCUACCACAGGAGAUAUUCGAUUUGUGUUAAAAUGGAAUUUCUGGGGGAUAAAUGGCAGAUCUACUUAAAGGGACACUUCAAACCACUAAGUCACUUCGGCUUGCACCAUUGUCCCAGUUCAUAAAGGUGCAGAUUUCAAGAGAAAUCGUGAUUUUUAUGAAUAGAUUUGGGAGAUCAAGCGGACAGCCAGGAUGCAUUCCUGGUUCACUCUGCUCAAAAAAUCAUUCCCGUGGAAGUAAAUAGUCUCCACGGGGAAACCUUAGCCAAUGCUUCCUGUGAAGAGAAUUCUAUUGGGAGAUCACUGUAUUUCAUUGGCGCCAUCACCAUCCAUGCACCAAUUUUGUCCAAGUAGGAAGGGUAGACUGUUGCCACUGACGGUCUCCUUUGGGCAGAGCAAAGCAACCGUGAGAGAGGACUGACCACAGUUAGGGUUUUUGCCAUUUGGGUGGGAGUGGGUGUUGGGCACUGUUAUGGGAACACGCAAAGUUAAAACCGGUAAUACAUUUUAAAGGGUCAUCCAGUGAUGACAGGAUAACCGUAGCAAUUUAUGAAAAGUCUCUCUUUCCUCUGCAACGCUGCCUUUCACUGCACACACCCCAUUCCACUAAACAUUGAAUCUUACUGUGAGAAAACUGAGCUGUAGCAUGUCUGUGAUCAGUUUACAGAACUGUUACAAUCAUCCUGUGCAAUGCGUGGAACUAUUGCUAUUUAACCAUUUAACUCCUGCUGGACAGAAGUUUAUGGGAUAAAAGCAGGUCAACAGGCCAGAAUAGGAGACUCCUGCUUGGUGAGCCCCAGUAAAAAAAAAAAAAAAAAAGGGGGGAAACAUUUUUUUGGUUAAUCAUCUAAAUAUUGUAUUAAAAAAAAAAAAAAGUAGGGGGUCAUUUUUGUCACAUUGUUUCUCUUAAGAACUGGAAAUCUUGCCUUUUAUGUUUAAAGUGCUGUGAUUGUGGUAAUCAUAUUCUAACCCUGCUCAUGUAUCGGUUUCCCUGCCUGUAUUCUCAUCACACCAAUAACUAUGAUUUACUGUCUAUAAUGAAAACUUGUUGCACUGCUCACUUUGACAAAUCACUGCGUUGUCUAAUGUAUAAAAUAUUUUUAUGCUUUAAUCUCAUUCCUGUCCUGUACAAUUUUGCCUUAAAACAUCAUCUCAUUUUAUAAUCCAGGUAUGUGCUUUUAAAAUGACUAAUGGCUGUGGUAUACUGUCCUGUUUUGUUACAUUUCUACAUUCAAAAAUACUGUACAUUUUGGAUGGAAGUUAAAUCUCUCAUAGAUAGAUAUGUCUAUGUCUAUCUCUCUCCAUCCAGGUGAUCUCGCUGUAAUAAAAAACUGAUAGCUUAUUGUAAUCUAGAGAAGAUUUUUAUAUAUGCCUUUCUCAAUAAAAAGUUUCAUUAGAACAUCAUUUUGCA